CCAAACUCUGUCAAAAGCAGUGAAUCCAGGCUCUAUCAUGGUGAAGUUCCUGCUGCUCGCUCUUGCGUUAGGUGUGUCCUGUGCACAUCAUAACAAUCCUGAAAUCACUCCCUCAGAGGUUGACGGGAAUUGGCGCACCCUUUACAUAGGUGCAGAUAAUGUGGAGAAGGUACUCAAAGGUGGACCUCUGAGAGCUUACUUUCAGCACAUGGAGUGCAGUGACGAAUGCCAGACACUCACAAUCACAUUCAAGGUCAAGGUGGAAGGCGAAUGCCAGACACACACAGUUGUGGGAAGAAAAGAGAAAGAUGGCCUGUAUAUGACAGACUACUCUGGUAAAAAUUAUUUCCGAGUUAUAGAGAAGGCAGAUGGCAUCAUCAUCUUUCACAAUGUUAAUGUCGACAACAGUGGAAAGGAGACAAAUGUGAUUUUAGUUGCUGGGAAAGAAGAGAGUCUGAGCAAAGCACAGAAACAGGAGCUUAAGAAGCUGGCCAACAAACUCAAUAUUCCAAAUGAGAAUAUCCAGCACUUGGAGCCCGCAGACACUUGUCAUCAAUAAAGACCCUGUAUGGAAAGUUCCUCAGUCCCAUCAGCUCAUGAACAUCUUACUGUUUUGUUUGUUUUGCAUUUUGCGUUUGAAGCUUCAUGGAUGACAGCAAGAUCAGGAAUAUUUCCCACAUCACUUUUUCCGUGAAAAGAGAAUCAUGACAAUGAAGAUAACUCACCUUUCAUUUUUUCUUUUCAUCUUACCUAUAAAGCCAGAAUCUCUGAAGCAAGAAUCCCUGCUUCAUGGAUUUUCUUCCCAUCCUCCUACCAUAGUACUGACUCUUCCACUGAUUAAAUAAAUUGAUUUCUCAU